AAUUUUUUUGACCUCAUUUCUUCAAAAAAAAUUCAAAAAUUUACAAUUUUAUUCAAGGCAUUUUUAAUAUUACCAUUAAAAAUCAAUCACCAAACCAACGACAAAAUUGCCCGCAUCAAGGCCACUUCAUCCUUCCCCUAUUCCCUUUUUUCUUCUCGACAUCCCUCCAAUUUAUAUUCAUUUUUUCAUCGGCAAAUGGUUUCGAAUAGUAGACAUACAGUUUUAAAUCUUUUUGUUGGAAUAUUUAUUGGUUUUGUGCUUUCUUUUGCGAUAUUUCCAAAUUUGGGGAAUUUUCCUGGAGUUCAACUUCCUGGUUAUCAAAGGCCUAUUGUUAUUGUUCAAGAAGGUCCUAAUCCACAACUUUCUGGAAGCCAGAAACAAGGCGAUAAUAAAAUAGAAGUAAAAGAACAUGCACAUCGACACGAUGCACAUAAUGAGGAUGAACUGGACGAUAGUGAUGCCCCAUCUGCUGCAAUGUUUUUUCAUGGGAAUGGAACACAUGUUCAUGACGGUGAAGAUACCCUUGCAGACGAGAUAUUCAAACAUGUUAAAAUUUAUUGUUGGAUAUUAACUGGCCAACAAUUUCAUGAAAAACGUGCAAUUCAUGUUAAAGCAACUUGGGCUAUAAGAUGCAAUAAAUUUAUCUUUAUGUCUUCUGUUGAUGAUAAGGAUUUGCCUGCUGUGAAUUUGAAUAUUUCUGAAGGAAGAUCACAUCUAUGGGGAAAAACGAAAGCAGCCUUCAAAUACGCCUAUGAUCACUACUUAAACGAUUACGACUGGUUCUUAAAGGCCGAUGACGAUACUUUUGUUAUUUUAGAAAAUUUGCGUUAUUUAUUAAUGCCACAUCCUCCAGAAGAGCCGGUCUAUUAUGGCUAUAAAUUUAAACCUUUUAUUAAACAGGGUUAUAUGAGUGGAGGUGCCGGUUAUGUUUUGAGUAGACAAGCACUGAAACUUUUUGUUGAGAAAGGACUUCCAAAUAAGACUGCUUGCAGAUCUGACGAAAAUGGGGCUGAAGAUGCAGAAAUGGGCAAAUGUCUGUCAGAAGUUGGCGUAAAAGCUGGGGAUUCCCGAGAUACAGAAGGCCAUCACCGUUUUUUACCUUUUGUGCCUGAACAUCAUUUGGCACCUGGACAUAUUGAUCCAGGCUUUUGGUUUUGGUCUUAUACUUAUUAUCCUAUAGAGCAAGGGCCAAAUUGUUGCAGUGAUUAUGCCAUUUCAUUUCACUACGUUCAUCCUGGUCUUAUGUAUGUUUAUAAAAUUAGUGUUAUUAUGAGGUUGUUUGUUCUUUUCGGACUUGGUAAGAUAUGGAUUUCGGUAUUCGUAUCGGAUAUCCUCUUGGCAUUUUAAAAUUAUCUUUAUCCAUAUCAGUAUCGAUUACCAAGUUUGUUUUUUUUCGGAUGGGUUAACACUAGGGUUGUCGGUCUGGAACCGAACCUCGAGAUUUUUCGGUUCGAUUCUUCUAUUUGGUCUGUUAGUAAAGGAGGGUUUUUUUGCAUCUAGGUCUUCCAAAAUUUUUAAAUUAUCGCCUGCGGCG